AGUCUAGCAGCGGGACUCCAGGCUCUCACUUCCCCAGCUGCUGACGUCAGCUGGCAGCCUGGGCUGUGCUCGCCGCUCCGCACACAGCGCCGAGGAAAAAUGCUGCUCUCCGUACCGCCAAGGGCAGGAAUCAACCCAUACAACGGCUACAACAGCAGAAACAGCAAAAAGCAGACCUAUGUGUCCUCCGGACACCAGAUGGCGCCCCCCAGUCCCAACACCAACAGUAGCAGCAACUGCAGCAGUGGAGGAGGGGAACAGCUGAGUAAAACAAACCUGUACAUCCGCGGCCUCCAUCCGGGGACAACGGACCAAGACCUGGUCAAACUCUGCCAGCCGUAUGGCAAGAUUGUGUCAACCAAGGCCAUCUUGGAUAAAACCACCAACAAAUGUAAAGGAUAUGGCUUUGUGGACUUCGACAGUCCAGCAGCAGCACAGAAAGCUGUUACAGCUCUGAAGUCCAGUGGGGUCCAGGCUCAGAUGGCCAAACAACAGGAGCAGGACCCCACCAACCUCUACAUUUCCAACCUGCCAGUUUCUAUGGACGAGCAAGAGCUGGAGAGCAUGCUGAAGUCGUUCGGCCAGGUCAUUUCUACGCGAAUCCUCAGAGAUGCCAACGGGACCAGUCGCGGUGUGGGAUUUGCCAGAAUGGAGUCCACGGAGAAGUGUGAGGCCAUUAUUCAGCAUUUCAAUGGGAAAUUCAUCAAGACUCCACCAGGAGUGCCUGUGCCCGCAGAGCCCUUACUAUGUAAGUUUGCAGACGGAGGUCAGAAGAAGAGGCAGAACCAGGGGAAGUAUCUCCAGAAUGGAAGGCCCUGGGCUAGAGAUGGAGACACGGGAGGAAUGACGCUCGCGUAUGACCCUACAGCUUUACAAAAUGGCUUCUACUCCUCUCCCUACAGUCUGGCUCCAAAUCGAAUGAUUGCCCAGACGUCCCUCUCACCAUACAUGCAUUCUCCUGUCUCAUCCUACCAGGUACAUAGCCCAUCCUGGAUGCAUCAUCAGUCAUACCUCAUGCAGCCAGCUGGUACAGUUCUUACCCCAACGAUGGAUCACGCUAUGUCCAUUCAGCCCACGUCCAUGAUGGGGCCUCUCGCCCAGCAGCUGAGCCACCUGUCCCUGGGCAGCACAGGCACUUAUAUUCCGGCCAACACAACUAUGCAGGGGACCUACAUCCCCCAGUACACACCAGUGCCUCCCUCCAAUGUCCAAGUAGAGGAGAAUGGCAGUCAACAACAACAGGUUGCUAUGGAAACUCCCGCAGAACACACAAACUACUCUUACCAACACACCAAGUGAAGCUAAGGAUGGGGCCGGGGGCACGAAAUGAAUCCAAGCAGAGGAUUCAGCUGGAAGAGAUCAGUGCUCCACACCAUCACCAAGCACCUGGACUUGAACAUGGAUAACAAAAGGAAAGUGUGUGUGUGUGUGUGUGUGUGUGUAUGAGAGUGUGCGUGUGUGUGCCUGUUUUGUUUUGUUUUGUUUUGUUUUGUUUUUUUAGAAGAAAAAAAACAACAACACUUACUUCAUCGGACCUUUCUGCUCACAUCCUCAAGAGUUGAUCAACCAAAGGUGGAAUCUUCUUCAUAGAAGCUCUGAUCUAUUUUAAUAACUGUAAAAGGAUCGUAACAGCGAGUUUAAGAAACACAGAAAAAAAGAGAGAGAGGAGGAAGAGACACAGAGCAUUAUUUUUGUGCACGUAAUAUAACAAAAUCUUAUUUUUUAAAAAGAAAAAAGCAUUCUGGACGUUUCAGGGUGAUUCAAGAAAGAGUUGAAACACAAUGUGUCUUUUAAUUUUUUUUUUGUAAAAUAUGCAAACGUUUAAUUUUUAUUUCCUGAUGUCUGUUGUUUGACAUUCUAUUUGCAGCAGCAGGGGGCAACAGUUUGUACAGAUUUAAAACAACAACAACAACCUACAAACACUUAUUUUGCUGGUCUGGUGUGUGGCGUCGAUGUCAACCGUGAGAGACAAACCGUUUAAAGCUACUUUCUUUCCUGUAACUGCUGCAGAGAUUUCUACUCACGCACAGAAGAGAAAACAACAUUGACUGUUUAUAUACUCGAGUCAAACGAAUUCAAGUAAAUGUAGAGCAUUCCGUCGUACGUGAACAAAAGACAAUCAAUGAAUUCUAUUUAUAUUUGAAUGAUAGUUCUAUUUUUAGCAUUUUUAGAUCAUGGAAACACACAUUUAUGGAAAUGUUAUUUAAUGCUCUGUAGCCUGACACCGACUUCAAUCCACGCAGUAAACAGUGAGGUGUAACGUGUGGUUUUUUUGUGUUGUUUGUUUUUGAUGUUUGGAUGAACUCUCGGUUCAUUCUCGUCAUCAAAAACAACGACAGCGUUCACACGAUUAGUCGUCCUGCUUUGUUUUAAUGGAAGUCCGUCGUAGGUCUACGCCCACAGGAAGUGGUUUUAAGCGGUUUUAUUGUGGUAAACCUUCAGGUAUCAUCAAACUCAUCCUCUGUCGGAGCGAUGGAACACGAACAUGGUUUAGAUUUGAGCGGUUAAGAUUCCUGAAAAACAUUUUUUUAGCAAAAGCAACGAGGGAAAUCAAAUAGAAGACUAACAAAAUCCUUGAGAAUAAUUUGUCUGAAAGAUAAGGGAGUUGUUGAGUCUUUUUUUCUUUUGUUCAAUGCUGCUGUCACCUGACUUUGAUUCUCUGUCUGUCUGAUUUUUGUUUUUAGUUUUGUAGAAAGUUGAAAUGUCUUUUUAUUUCUCUCUCUGUCACUUGAAAACCUUUUUUGUGCUAAUUUGCCUUAAUUUUGAUGACUCUAUCUUUGAAGUAUAUAAAAUUCUAGUUGUAGAUUUUAGCUUCUCCUUGAGAGUAGAUGAUAGUGUGUCUCGUAGGGAUUGAUGCUGUUUUUUCUAUCACAUUUUCACCCGGUUUUGUUUUAUACACACGGAAAAACCCGCGUUCCCGUCCUUGUGACGUCUGUCCUGAAGUGGCGUCAGGCCCGUUUGUUCAUGCACGUUGAGUGAAGCUCAUGUCACCACAUACAGUACUUGCAAAUAUUUUAAACAUUAAUUUAUACAGAUAUCAAAAGCUGUAGAUAUGUAGAUUAUAAAGGCUUUUUUAUUUCAAAGCACUUCUCACUAGACCAUGGAAGUGCCAUUAAAGAUGAUUCUUACAGCCUUUAGUGAGACAGCAAGUCUAAACCAAUUUUUGAGUGAUUUCCAAAUUCUGCAGAAACUAUUUCUAGCGAAGCCUUAACGUUUUGUUUUUUUCUCCAAAUAAAACUGCCUGAUGUUUCACAGGAUGUGUACAUACUACAGAAGGCACCAGCCUUGUUUGAAGGCCACAAAUUUAAGUUUUCGUGUGAGCUGUAAAGUUUUAAGGCGCUUCUUAUUCCCACUCUUCCACCGUUUAUGUCUGAAUCCACUGUGAAACGCAGUUUGACGACGUCUUUCUCUCAACACAGCACGCAGUUUGAUGAUUCUGUUUCUGUUUUUAUCGUUUGUUUAGUUUCUUUUAUCUCCACACGUCAUUGUUUUUACUGUGUGUUUUCUCUGCAACCAAAGAUGUUGUAGUUGUUUUUAGCUCUCGGUCACAGUCAAACCUGCUCGCUCUCACCCACAGUGUGUAGCUUUCCCUCUUCUGAUUGAUUCAGAAAGAGAAAGACUGCAGCAAGGGUGUCUACAUACAUACAUACAUACAUACAUACAUACGUACAGUACAUGCAAUGUAAUGUUGGUGGGCAUUAGGGUUUCUAAAUUAUAGGAAUGUUUAAAUUUGGAAACUUUGCAUGAGAAUUAACAGGAAUUAAGUAGAAAUUAAAAUUGAAGGUUGGGAACUUAAAUAUAGUUGAUAAAUAAUAUAAUGUAGCAUAAUCUAGGCUAAAACAAUCAGAUGUGAUGCAAAUACAGUUGAAUAUCAAUGCUAUUCCCCACACACACAGAGACAGACAGAUUGAUUGAUUGAUUGGUUGAUUGGUUGAUUGAUUGCUUGCCAUUUCCCAGUUUCCAAAUUUCCCAAACUUAAGUUCCCAUGGUAAGUUUCUGGAAAUUUAUAGAGAACUUUCUGCCCCUUUGCAACCCUAGUGGUCAUCUUUAUGUGUAUAACACAACAUGUGGUUCUAGAUACAUCUACUCCGUGGGCCAGGAGGAAGAGCUGGGUUUGUAGUUUGAUUCCUGGCCCCUCGAGCCCAUCGUCUCCAGAUGACUAGAAAAGUCCAUUCCAAUGACUGUAGCGGGAACUGGCACCAAGAGAACAUUGUCAUCAGAUAACAGACAGAUAACACCUGCAAAUACACACACUCUGCUGCACGUGCUGCACAAGUAGUCGCAGCAUGUAGAACAGCGUGUUGGUGACAGUAUAAUAUCACAGGUUUGUGAGGGUGAUGAUGUUAUAUAGCAACAUUUUUGUCCGGUGGAUUUUCUUGUGUGUAUUUGCAGCUCGGUGUUGUUCACGUCAGUGAAGGUGAGAUUUUCUUCAUUUGCUGUGUUUUUCCUGAGCUGCGGGACAUUGGACGCUCUCUGGCUGGUGUUCACUGUGUAUGUUAUGGACAAAAGUAUCUGGACGCCCGACCAUUACACCAACAGGGACUGUAAUGACGUAUUCAAACAUAUACACUACUUUAAUAUGGAGUUGUGCAGCUAUAACAGCUUUUGCACUUCUUGGAAGACUUUCCUCAAGAAGUGUUUCUAUGGGACUUUGUGUCCAUUCAUUCUGUAGAGCGUUUAUGAGGUCAGACACUGAUGUUGGACGAUAUUGUUCCAAUUCCUCCCAAAGGUGCUCGGUGGGGUCGAGGUCGGGGCUCUGUGUGGGCCAGUCCAGUUCUGGCCCACCAAACUCAUCAAACCAUGUCUUUGUUGUCCCUGUGUUGUGCACUGGGACGCAGUCAUGUUGGAAUAGAAACUGUUGCUACAUAGUUUGGAAGCAUAGCGUUGUCCAAAAUGUCUUGGUCUGCUGAAGAGUUCAGGUUUUCCUUCCUUUGAGAUAAGGGUCCUGAUUGAAACACCUGACUUUAAUAUUUAACAGGUGUGCCCAAAUACUUUUGUCCAUACAGUGUAUUUUUAAUCCCAGUUACAAUCAAAAAAGACCGAAUCUGCCCACAGACGGACACACACAUGCCAGAGUAACGUUAAAACAGACCCUCUGCAGUGUGGGUGACCUGGUCAGAACACUAAAAUAAAAGGUUUCAUGGCUGAGCUCCAGUCCACGUUAUGACAGUUGGGGAAUACUUCAAGAAAUUCAGCUUUUAUGAGCGUGAGAGGUUUCAGACCGGAGAGCUAAUUUUUGUAAAUAGCCCCCUUUUUUCCUCUUGUUUGUUUCUCCUCGCGUGUUUUCUCAUUUGUUUUUUUAUGAUUUAAAAUCUGUCCUGAAAACACAGUGACUAGCAAGAUUCAGUGCACCAUGAAGGAAAAUGUCAUGGAUAUUGUUGAUAUGUUCAGAGAAAUGAUAUUCCAUGUAUUAGCCAUCACUUUUAAUACAGAGAAAAAAAAAUCAGGAUUUUGGAACUAUGAAAUGACCACUUGUUACAACACAGUGUUUAUUUAUUUUUGUUUUAUUUAUUUUCAUUUUCUUUUGAUAUAAACUUGUCCACAGAGACACAAUGAUGCUCUAAAAAUGACUUGGCGUCAUGAGCUCUAUAGAAACCUAUGUUACAUUUAGUUUAGAGGAGAACUAUGAUCAGCGGUGUGCUGACAUACACAAUAUAUUAUUAUUUUUCUUUAAAUCUUGCACUUAUAAAUUUUGGUCAACACCAAUUCGAUUUUUUUUUUGGUUGAUCCUAAUGUGGAGGUGACAGUUUAUUUCAUAGCUUCAAAACAUUUUGCUGCUAAAACAGGAUUUCUCAGCGGGGGUUAGAUGUCGUCCAGUCUGUGUUGUCAAAAUGUCUAUUUUCAUUUAAUUCUGUUUAUACCAGGGGUGGCUCCUCAUGUUCUGUUUAAAAUAAUCCUUUUAUAAUACUAAUAUGAAGUUUUAAAAAGCUAAUUGUUGUUGUAAUGGGCAGGUCAAUGAAAAACUAAACUAAACUCGUUGCUUAACCCUGUCAACCACGUUUGUGUGAGUGGGACGUUUUGAAAAUGCGACUGGGCUACGUCUCACUUCCUGUUUGUGAACAGUUUUCUUAUUUAUACAAGAACUCAUUUUGUACAGUUUUGGUAGAGGAAAGAGGUUUUGAUAUUUGGUUAUUUUGCAAAGCCACUUGGCUACUUUUGUCUUCCUGUGCCAGAGUUGCUAAACAUUUUCUGUAACUUGUGUUUUUAUUUUUUAUUGAUUGAGAUAAGAUUUUCCUCCUUUCUUGUUUUUUUUCUCUUUGAAUUUGAAUAUGUCUGUUUUUCUUUCUUUUUUUUAAUAAAAGUCUUGUUUCGA